AUGUAUGUCAAGCAGAUCAUUAUUCAAGGCUUCAAGAGCUACAAAGAUCAAACGGUCAUUGAGCCAUUCUCCCCGAAACACAACGUCAUUGUCGGCCGCAAUGGUUCCGGAAAGAGUAACUUCUUUGCGGCUAUUCGCUUCGUCCUCAGCGAUGCCUACACUCAUCUCGGCAGAGAGGAACGUCAAGCUCUCUUGCACGAAGGUUCUGGUUCCGCUGUAAUGUCCGCCUACGUCGAGAUUAUCUUCGACAACUCCGACGAUCGAUUCCCCACCGGCAAGUCCGAGGUCGUACUCCGCCGAACUAUUGGUAUCAAGAAGGACGAAUACACUCUCGACCGCAAGAAUGCCACCAAGAACGAUGUUAUGAACCUGCUCGAGUCGGCUGGCUUCUCUCGAUCUAACCCUUACUACAUUGUUCCCCAAGGCCGGGUGACUGCGUUGACCAACAUGAAGGAUUCUGAGCGCCUAGUUCUGCUUAAGGAGGUCGCCGGUACCCAGGUCUACGAAGCUCGUCGUUCGGAGUCUUUGAAGAUUAUGAACGAGACCAACAGUAAACGCGCCAAGAUCGACGAGCUACUCGACUACAUCAACGAACGUCUUGCGGAACUCGAAGAAGAAAAGGACGAGCUUCGAAGCUAUCAGGAGAAGGACAAGGAGCGCCGCUGUCUGGAGUACACCAUUUACUCUCUUGAACAACAGGAGAUCGGUAAGGUUCUCAAUGAGAUCGAAGAGCGACGCCAGAACGGCGUUGAGGAUGCCGACAACAAUCGUGACCAAUUCAUAGAAGGCGAGAAGGCCAUUGCUCAGAUCGAUGCUGAGAUCGCUGAGUGCCGGCAACAAAUUGAGUUCCUGAAGGUUGACAAGGCUCAACUGGAGGACGAACGGCGUGAAGCAUCUAAGACCCUGGCUCAAAAUGAACUCCGAGCCAAGUCUCUUUCUGACAACCAGGCUGCCGCACAAGCACUGAAAUCACGCUACGACUCCGACCUCCGCUCUGUUCAGUCUGCUAUCAGUGAGCGUGAAGCCGAACACCGUGAAAUUCUCCCUCGGUUCAAUGCCCUGAAGGACCAGGAGGACUCCGUUAAAUCGCAGUUGACGGAUGCCGAGACAUCGCGACAGCGAUUGUAUGCGAAGCAGGGUCGGAACUCGCGAUUCAAGAAUAAGUCUGAGCGUGACAAGUGGCUGAACAUGGAAGUCCGCGAAAGCCAUAAUUCUAUCAACACUGUUCAGGGUGUGAUCUCACAGACACAAGAAGAUAUCCAAGACCUAGAAGGCGAGAUUGCUGCCUUGGAGCCGGAAACUGAAAGCUUGCGCCAGCAAAUCGAUGGACGCGGUGACACAAUGCAUAAUGUGGAUCAACAAGUCCAAGAUGCUAAGGAUGAAAGAGACCGCCUCAUGGAUCAAAGAAAGGAACUUUGGAGAGAAGAAGCAAAGCUCGACUCUGUGCUUUCAAAUGCAUCCCAGGAGGUGGACCGCGCCGAGCGCAAUCUCUCGCAAAUGAUGGAUAACAACACUAGUCGUGGAAUUGCCGCAGUGCGGCGAAUCAAGCGCCAGCACAACCUUGAAGGAGUCUAUGGUACACUUGCGGAGCUUUUCGAUGUCAAUGACAGAUAUCGCACCGCCGUCGAAGUCACUGCCGGCCAGAGUUUAUUCCACUACGUUGUUGACACAGAUGAAACUGCUACCACCGUUCUCGAGAUCUUACAAAAGGAAAAGGCUGGUCGUGUGACGUUUAUGCCUCUGAACAGACUUCGCUCUAGGCCGAUGAACAUCCCCCGUGCUAGCGACACGAUACCCAUGAUCGACAAGUUGCAAUACGACCCCGCAUAUGAGAGAGCCUUCCAGCAUGUGUUUGGCAAGACUAUCAUUUGCCCCAACCUGCAGGUUGCAUCACAGUACGCACGAAGCCAUGGUGUCAAUGCUAUCACUCCAGAGGGUGAUCGAUCAGACAAGCGCGCUAAGUGGCGCGAUGAGUACGAGACCAAGAGAAAUCGCGGUACCGAAAUACGGAAAGAGCUAGAGAAACUCGACCAGAUGAUCACCAAGGCUGUUGGUGAACUGCAAAAGCUUGAGCAACAGAGACAUCAGGUCCAGAACAGCAGUGGACCCUUACGGCACGAGUUGAGGGCCAAGCGUGAUCUCCUUCAAAACAAGAAGGAUGCUCUUCAUGCCAAACGACGCGCUCUUCGAAAUGUCGAGUCUAACCUUGCGGCACUGAACGACCAAGUCAAUGCGUUCCAAACCGAACUGUCAUCGCCUUUCCAGAAAGCUCUCACUAGCGAGGAGGAAGCUCUACUGGAGACCUUAAGCAGCACAGUGCAAGAUCUGCGUGGUCAAUACCAAGAGCUUUCAGGUCAGCGCAGCGAGCUCGAGGCACGCAAAUCGGUGCUGGAAGUUGAGCUCCGGGAGAACCUCAACCCGCGCCUUGACCAAUUACUCAACAGAGACAUUGAUAUCGCUGACGAGGAGGUUCAGGGUAACCUGAAAGAGACACAACGUGAAGUGAAGCGCAUUGGCCAGACGUUGGAGAAGCUCAAUGCGCGACUAAAGGAGGUUGACACCUCAAUUGAAGAAGGCAAUACUCGCGUGAUGGAUCUGCAACAGCGUAAUGCGGAUACCCGACGAGAAAUUGAAGACCUCGCUCGAUCUAUCGAAAAGCAUCAGCGUCGUAUGGAGAAGAGCAUGCAAAAGAAGGCCGCACUCACUAAGCAGGGUGCCGAAUGCGCGGCUAACAUUCGUUCCCUUGGCGUUCUUCCGGAUGAAGCUUUCACCAAGUACCAAAACACUGACUCCAACACUGUUGUGAAGAAGCUCCACAAGACCAACGAGGCUCUGAAGAAAUAUUCCCACGUCAACAAGAAAGCGUUUGAACAGUAUAAUAGCUUUACGAAGCAGCGUGAGACUCUUACUACGCGUCGCUCCGAGCUGGAUGCAUCCCAGAAGUCCAUCGACGACCUCAUUUCUGUUCUUGAUCAGCGCAAGGAUGAGGCCAUUGAACGGACCUUCAAGCAGGUCUCACGCGAGUUCCACAACGUGUUCGAGAAGCUUGUUCCCGCCGGUCGUGGUCGUCUUAUCAUUCAAAGAAAGACAGACCGUGCUACACGACUUGAUGACGACGUUGAUUCAGAUGAUGAGGAAGCUCGGCAGAGCGUCGAAAACUACGUCGGUGUCGGCAUCAGUGUGAGCUUUAAUAGCAAGCACGACGAUCAACAGCGUAUUCAGCAGCUGAGUGGUGGACAAAAGAGUCUUUGCGCUCUAGCACUCGUUUUCGCUAUCCAGGCUUGCGAUCCCGCACCAUUCUACCUAUUCGAUGAGAUCGACGCCAAUCUGGACGCUCAGUACCGGACGGCCGUUGCUCAGAUGCUCAAGUCCAUCUCAGAUUCCACCAACGGGCAGUUCAUCUGCACUACCUUCAGGCCUGAAAUGUUGCAUGUGGCAGAGAAGUGCUAUGGUGUGAGUUUCAGGCAAAAGGCCAGUACUAUUGAUGUUGUCUCGCGGGAGGAGGCUCUGAAGUUCGUGGAGGAGCAGAAGACGUGA